GAGGAGGUGGGGUGCCAAGGCCUGCUGCCCUGCCCAUGGGCGCCGCGGAAGAAGGCAGGGGUCCCGGGAGUCCUGCGGCACGACGGCUGGAUCGGAGAGGGUGCCUCUGAGCCUCUGCCAGGAGCCACACUGGGCCACAGCGAUGACUCCGGUCAGGGAGACCUCGGAGGCCAUCCCAAAGGGCGAAGAGGAGUGCUGACCCAUCCUGGUAUCCCAGGGCUGCUGCUGGCGAUGUGACUCGUCCCUGCGGUGGUCGGGACCGUGCAGACCCCAAGGAGGGGCGAUUCGGGGAGGGUCUCACUCUGGGUCCAGCUCCACGCGGCACCAUGAACAAUAACUUCUGCCGGGCCCUGGUGGACCGGCGGCCCCUGGCACCCCCCAGCUGCAUGCAGCUGGGCGUCGUGCCCCCUCCGCGCCGGGCGUCCUUGCCCCCCGCCGAGCCCCUGGGCAACGUGCCCUUAUUGCUGUACCAGGGCCCGGCCGAGCCACAAUACUAUGACGCCUACGCGGGCGUGUUCCCCUACGUGCCCUUCCCCGGGGCCUUCGGGGUGUACGACUACCCCUUCGAGCCCGCCUUCAUCCAGAAGCGCAACGAGCGCGAGCGGCAGCGGGUCAAGUGCGUCAACGAGGGCUACGCGCGCCUCCGCGGCCACCUCCCGGGCGCGCUGGCCGAGAAGCGGCUCAGCAAGGUGGAGACCCUGCGCGCCGCCAUCCGCUACAUCAAGUACCUGCAGGGGUUGCUGAGCGCGGCCCCCGACGGCGCGCCGCCCGCCGCCUCCCCGCCCGACUGCCCCCGCGACGGCGAGGCCCGGGCGCCCGCCUCCCAGGUGCCCGAGUCGUCCGAGUCCUCCUGCUUCUCCUCCUCGCCGUUCUUUGAGUCCGAGGAAUCCAGCCACUGAUCCGGACCGCGGCCGGGGGUGCGGGGGCGG